AUGUGGGCCAGAGACGAUGAGCUCCCAGUGCCUGACUUUCAAGGCUUCUCCUUCCCAGAUGUGGAGCUGAACCUUUGGCGGAGUGUUCAGGCUGUGCUCCAAGAGCUCAGUGCCCAGAGUCCGGUUCAACAGAGUAAACAUGGCAUGUGGAGAUGGUUCCUAUACAAGAAAGUGGAGCGAGAUUCUGAAAAGAGCCCAGAACUGGUCUGAAUUCUGCUUGCAGAACUGGAGAAGGUAGAGAGGAAGGACCUCAAAUAUGUCAUUGUUCCCUUGCUGUACACUCUAAUGUAUGUGCUAAUGAAGGCUAUGGGAAUCACAGAAGAACUGUACUGGAGAACCUACACAUUUUGGACGAGAUUACUGACUCUGCCCAUCCCACAGUAAUUCAGUACAGUGACUUUGGAUUGUGCCAUAAGGUUGAAAACAGAGAUGGCUGUCCUAUCGGUGCUACACCAGAGACUAGUAAUUGCACAACAGAAUUUGGAGAGUGAACUGUACCCCUUCUCUGCCCUUAGAGUGUUUCUCUUUGUGGAUCCUGAAUUGGUAUCCUCUGUGUGCAGUGCCCUGCUACUGGAGAUUGAAUCUGUGCAGGUCCAGAAGACACCAGAAGUCUGCUUGCACCAGGCCAGUUCCAAGAGAGCAUUGGUGCAUUAUUUCCAUGCUGUGGUAGAUGAGAUGGAGCAGAUGGCCAGAGAGCCCAACCCGAGCCAAGAGGGAUAUCUGCAGAGACUGGAGGGGUCAGUGCUAGGAUCAGAGACCACAUGGGGCCACUGCGGUGAUGGUGAUCCCGUAGAAGACCAGCCACCACUAAGCAUCCCUCUGUCCAGUCCACACAUCACCUUCCACCUGUAGACAGAUGAGGAAUAGUUCUGAAAGGAACUGGUGCUCUUUCCAUACCCACAGUCCCAACAGCACCUCAGCCACAUACUAGAGGCUUUGGAUCUGCAGGGCUGCCUGGUUGGCCACAAGUCAACAUGGGUGUCUGUGCUGUCUACUGACAGUGGCAUUGAGUAGGACCUUCCUUUGGGCACAGAUGAGCUGCCAGUGUCCAAAAGCCCUGAGACAGAGCAUGGGAGGCAUCAAGAAGCGGCAUGGCCCUCAUGCCCAGCGGCAUACAUCAUCAUGCUCAGCACCGGGGAUGGGCUCCCAGGACUGCAUCAGAGGUCAAACAGGCCCAGGGAGGUUGGAGAGCUGCUGCCUGUUGUUGCCCGGCUGCACAUGGCCUGGGUACUGGUACUGGGGGAUGACUGGAUGCUGGGACUCCCGGCUCAAGCUUACCACACCUUUAGGAAGCAAGACAUGGAGAAGUUCUGCCUCACGCCUAGACUAAGCCUGCAGCUCUACUACAUCCCUGUUUCAGCACCUAAGAUGAUGAAGCCUGUUGUAUCCACAAGCUCAGAGUUAAGGGAGCUGGUAGCGUUCCUGGGCCAUGCAGACCCGUGGUAUGAGAGAACCUUCAACAUGCUGUAUACUGCAAUCUACAAGCUGGCAGAGAUGCCACUUUCCCUGGACGUAUCCCAGACUGUAGACCCCUUCAUCCUGGAUGUUAUCACCUACUAUGUCUGUAUGGGCAUUCAACCCAUCUAUUUCCAGAUCUGUAUAGUCAAGAUGUUCUUCAGAGAUCUGAGCCAAGAACCUGCAGAAGACAUUUUUCUCACAGAAAUGAAGGUGAAGAUCCAACACUCAAAACUCCCCAAAGAUGGCUCUUCACACGGGAGGAGAGAUGGGGAAAUCCCAGGAACAGAGCUCUCCAUUUGCUACCAGAAGGCCUUGCUAAGGCACAGGAGUCAAGAGGUCACCAUCUCCCUGAGGGCCAAUGAGCUGGUUCUAAAGACCCUUUCAGCCAGUGACACUGAAGUUUCAGGGUUCACCCAUUAUGCUCCUAUUACAAACCACAUGUGCCUGAAUGUCUACAUGACAGAGGUUGUCAAGUCCUCCAACUUGGCAGAAAGGUCCUUUUCUCUAAGUAUUGGGUUCAAUGGGAACUGGGGAUACUCAAACAAGCAGCCAUUUGAAGGCCUAAAACACUCUGACAAAUCACAAAAUGCAAACAUGUUUGGCAACCCCUACAUGAUACAAAAGUCAGACUACUAA